AUGAGCGAACAAACAUCGACCUUCCACAUCGCCCACGUGGACGACACUUUUCUAAAAUUAUCCCCCACCUUAUUCACCCCUCAGAAACUCAACAGAUUCGACGAUUUGUUGUUGUAUUUAUCCAUCAUCAAGAAUAAAAACAUCCUGGAACAUGGCGAGCGGUUGAUGAAUCUCAGUUGGAGGAUUAUUAAUAAAAACCUGGCGAAACCCAGUCCUGCUACCAAUUCCAUGAAACGAGAUGGUGUCAAGAAUUUUUAUACAGUUUUGUCAUCGAAAAGGCAGCCGAAUGUGAAGGCGAAUGUGAAGGCGAAUGCGAAUGCAAAUGCAAACGCAAAUGCAAACGCAAAUGCAAAUGCAAACCCCACUGCAGCCCCCACUGCAACCCCAACUGCAAAAGCAACCCCCCCACCCACCCCAGCCCCAACCCUCAACGCCAUCGAACGUUACUCAAACCUGCAACAUCCACACACACACCCAGAUGUCGUCAAAGGUUUCGACACCACCACUCUCAUCACCAAAAACCCUACAUCAACACGCUCCUCCACAUCAACACGCUCCUCCACAUCAACCUCCGCUUCAUCCUCACUCUCUUACAACACACUGCCCCCAGCCUCCACUCGCCCCUCCUUCUACAUCGCCAAGACCCCCUCCCAAGAAUCUUUACCCAAGGACAACAAACUUAGACAAACCUCAUUGUUCACCCAUAAUCGACCGAACACUAACCACCAAUUCCACCACACUUCCUCCUCCUCCAUGCAUGACCACAACGAACCCAAAAUCAUCUUUUCCAGCGAAGAUGACGAAUCAGAUUGGGACACCACAGAUUCAAACGAUGACAUCAGCAGCACCGAAGAUUCAGAAGAUAAGUAUUAUCAAAACCAAUGGGACAAGCUCAUGAUAGCAAGAUCCCCACGUCUGACAAAGACAAUAUCAAACACUUCCCCACAACACGAUACAAUCAAGAGAAGUCUCUUGAGUGGUCUUUUCAAUAGUGCAAUCAACCAUGAUUUACAUUUCCCGGAUUCCACUGUCAAAGUAAACUCCACAACAAACAAGCCUACCUUAAAGACCUCUACAAUCACUGCACUCGGCUCAGUAACACCAACUUAUGCCAUUCUCUCUACACAAAACCAUCAAUCGAAAUUGGGUAAUGCAAAUACCCUCAAUUCGCCUUCAAACGCUCCUCUCACUGCACACACAUUAUUACCCACGGCAUUAGCCACUCAUAUGUUUAUUCCAAACAAUAUUCGACUGCGUAAUAAUACAACAGCGCCACCACCACCACCACCACCACCACCACCACUGCCGCCAGCACCACCACUUAAAUCCCCUUCCCCUAGUGAUUCCUCUUCCUCCACUCACCCUUCCUUAUCCAAGAGAAGAACUUCCAUGGACAUCCCUUCCAAGAAUAGAAGUUUCAAUUUUAGCAAUACUGAUCUGGUACAUCUAAUCCAAUCCCCCAAUAACAGCUCUGUCAUGGGUAUGAAAACAAGAAUGGAAAUCUCUGAAGAGGAAAAGUUUGUUAGAGCUUACAACAGAUUAGACAAGUUUAAACCAAAACAAAGCACAAACACAUCCAAGAAUGGUAAUACAAAUCUACGUUAA